AUGGCAGCGCCCGCGCCCAUCCAGGACCGGACGACGGAGUUCCGCUCGAUCCUGAGCCAGGCGCAGAAGAGACUCGCCUCGUCUAAGGCCAGCGGACGGCAGAGCCUCCAGGCCAACUCGACGGCCAGGACGACCUCUGCAGACGUGCCGGCAGCGGGUGGUCGGCCGGCGCGCUCUGAGUUUGCCAGACGGGCGGCAGAGAUCGGGCGUGGGAUAGCGUCGACGACGGGGAAGCUCCAGCGGCUGGCCCAGUUGGCCAAGCGGAAAUCGCUGUUCGACGACAGACCGGUCGAGAUAUCUGAGUUGACGUAUGUGAUCAAGCAGGACCUCUCCUCGCUGAACUCCCAGAUCGCCUCCCUACAAUCCCUUACGCUGGCCCAGCACCCGAAGUCAUCACGGAGCAAGACAGACCACGAGGGAGAACACAAUGACAAUGUCGUUGUGCUGCUGCAAGGGAGACUGGCGGAUGUGGGAGCCAACUUCAAAGACGUGCUGGAAGUGCGGACGAAGAACAUCCAGGCCUCCCGGUCACGGACAGAGAACUUUGUCUCCACUAUUUCAUCGAGAUCGCACGCCCUCGACCCCCAGCGCUCCGACUCCCCGCUGUAUAACAGCGGUAGUAACAGCAACCUCAACAACGCCAAAAGCGGCGGCGGCCUGUCUCGCAGCCGGAGCCCGCAGCCAGGCUACCGCCCGGGCUCGGCGGACGUGCUCACCCUGGACCCGUCGUCGUCGAACGGGACGGCCGCGUCGUCCGGGCUGGGGCCAAUGCACUCCGACCAGCAGCUGCUGAUGAUGGAGGAAGCCCAGCCUUCCAACACCUACAUCCACGCGCGCGGCGAGGCCAUCGAGGCCAUCGAGCGCACCAUCAACGAGCUGGGUGGCAUCUUCGGCCAGCUGGCGACCAUGGUCAGUGAGCAGUCCGAGAUGAUCCAGCGCAUCGACGCCAACACCGAAGACGUCGUCGACAACGUCCAGGGCGCCCAGCGCGAGCUGAUGAAGUACUGGUCGCGUGUCUCGGGCAACCGCUGGCUGAUUGCCAAAAUGUUCGGCGUCCUCAUGAUGAUGCUAACUGCAACAGAUAUUCUUCCUUCUCUGGGUCCUUAUCUCUGGGUAACCGAGCUGGCGCUUGUUCCCUCAUGUAUAUUACCUUCUAGCCACCGUCUUAAUCAUGUCUUCUGCAUCUUCGCCCACUUUUCUUCCACCUCGUCGUCCCUUUUUAGUCCCUUUUUAGUCCCUUUUUGGCCCGUAAAGCGUCUCAUCUACGUCUUAGUAAGCGAGCAUGUUUCAACCUCAUCCCUCAGUAUAACGGGGCUCUCCCUAGCACUCCCGCUGCUGACUCAGCCACCCCUCUCCCCCCACCCCGAUAAAAAGUGCUCCUCCAACGUCUCGCCGUCUUUUUUCUCUCUCGCCGCAACUUCGUCUUCAACCUUUGAAUAA